CAAUUAAUCAAGAAACCCAUCAUUGACGCUUUCGCCACCAAAACCCUCACAAGAAAACUGCUCAAAACCCUAACGACCACCAUCACCUUUUGUCAAAGAACCUCCUCAUCUGCGCAACCAACAAAAGCUCCAGUCCUUUUCCAAGAUCACGGACUCCAUUGAUCGGAUUCAAUGCCUUAUCGAUCACAAGUUCACGGCGAGUUUCGAGCCUUGCGUCGAAGCUGAACUCCCCAUCGUCAUGGCCCAUGAAGACCGAGAAGAGCCGAGAAAGCCGCAGUUCCCGCUCGACGCGAGCUCCUACAAGAUCGUCGGCGAGAUUGGGGCCGGCGUCAGCGCCGUCGUGUACAAGGCCCUGUGCGUGCCGAUGGGCUCGGCGGUCGUUGCGAUCAAGUCCAUCGACCUUGACCGCUCCCGCGCAGAUCUCGAUGACAUCCGACGUGAGGCCAAGAUGCUGUCGCUCCUCUCCCACCCCAACAUCCUCAACGCCCACUGCUCCUUCACGGUGGACCGCCGGCUCUGGGUGGUCAUGCCCUUCAUGUCUGCCGGCUCGGCGCAGUCCAUCAUGGCGUCCUCCUUCCCGGAGGGCCUCCCCGAGCCGUGCAUCGCUGUCAUCCUCCGAGAAACCUUAAAUGCCCUCUCCUACCUCCACAACCAGGGCCACUUACACAGGGACAUCAAGGCCGGCAACAUCCUCAUCGACUCGGGUGGUGCCGUGAAGGUCGCUGACUUUGGCGUCUCGGCCUUGAUAUACGAAACUGGUCCGGCCCAUGGGUUAUUGAUGUCGUCGAGUUCAUCGUCGUUGAUGCUGACUAAUAUCACAGGGACACCCUAUUGGAUGGCGCCUGAGGUGAUACACUCGCAAAACGGGUAUGGAUUCAAGGCCGAUAUAUGGUCUCUCGGAAUAACUGCGCUCGAAUUGGCACACGGUCGGCCUCCUCUAUCUCAUCUCCCACCUUCGAUAUCUUUGCUCAUGAAGAUCACGAAGCGUUUCCGGUUCUCCGACUACGAGAAGCACAAGGAGGACUACCCGGGACGAAGGAAGUUCUCGAAAUCGUUCAAGGACAUGGUGGCUUCUUGCCUCUACCAAGAUCCUUCGAGACGACCCACCGCUGAGAAGCUCUUGAAGCACUCGUUCUUCAAGAACUGCAAAGGGUCGGAGUAUCUUGCGAAGCAUGUCUUGAAAGGGUUGUCUAGCGUCGAGGAUAGACACCAGCAAGCCAAGCUCUUACGAUCUUUGUCGAUAAACAAGAGUGGCGAUGACGGGGGAGAGGAAGAUGAUGGUGCUGAGUCAGGUGAUCCGGAGAGUCAGAGCGAUAAGCAUAGGAGGAUAAGCGGGUGGAAUUUCAAUGAGGAAGGGUUCGAGCUCGACCCGGUUUUCCCCAACGAAACUGUUCCAAAUGAUUCGUCACCACAGGAAGCUAGUUUCGAAGGCGAAGGAAUGGACCGAGACAAUGUCGCCGGAUUGAAAGGUUCCUUUGAAUUGGCGAGCUGUACCGACGAAUUAAGCGCCAGCUCGCCGGCCCGAGCUGCCAACGAGAGCGAAGAUGAAUGCAGCGACCAUCAGGGAAGCGUUCAGGUGGCGAUCCACAACGCGGCUCGAGGCUUUGAUAAGGAGGUGAUGAUUGGGAGCUUGGCGCUGCUGAAGAGGAGCUUGGAAGAUGAAUUGCAGAAAGUGAACGGUUUGAUGAGUCUCUUAGGAGGAGGAGAUCAGAGAGGGGUGGAAAUAGCCAAUAGAGAAGAGCAGUUGGUACUGGUGAUUGACAAGCUGAGGGCUAACUUGGAGAGCGAGAAGAAGAAGAAUUUCGAGUUAGAGAGAGAGUUGGAGUGUCUCCACCACCGAAGUAGCGACGCCGGUGGCGAGACGACCGAUGACGCCCCGGUUAGAGAUUAAAUGAUGCUGUCCAUGAUCAUAUUUGGAGAAUCAAACUUUCUAUUGCUCCUCGUUAAUUGUUUGCCAUAUCCAUAGUGUGUUCUUUAGUGCAUUAAGAGAUGAGACAGAGAUUUCGGUUAUUCGCCAUGCAACAAUCAUUUUGAUCAGUGAUCGAUGUGGAAUGUACCGAAUCGCUUACAAUUUAAGAAAUUAGCAAAACCGUUCUGAAUUUGUUUGUGCUCCGUACCUUAUUUUUCGUAUUUCCUUCUCGAGAUAGAGCAACAGGCUUGUUC